AUGCGAUCUGCUCUGGUCUCGCUCUGGGCCACGGCUUCAACUUCGGCUGCGGCUGCGGCUGCGGCUGCGGGUCUGGCAUCAAUACCACCAAGUGCCGAGAGUGUGUUGGCCUCGACGCCCCUGGAUUGGAUUCCUAAGCUGGAGAAUGCCGGCACGGAUGCGCUGUUCCCCAUGGACAAGUGUUCAAACUUUAUUCUUCACGAGGCCACCAUUGAUCAGAUGCAGGCCGCCAUGGCCAGCCGGACUCUGACAAGUCUGGCGCUUUUCUUUUGUUAUUUGUGGCGGGACCUCCAGGUACAGCCUUAUACCCAUUCUACGAUGCAGCUCAACCCUGAUGCGCCCGGGAUCGCCAUGGAGCGUGACGAUGAGCGUGAGAAAGGCACGGUCCGUAGCAAACUGCAUGGCGUCCCCUUCACCGUCAAGGACAACAUCGCCACCAAGGACAAUCUCGAAACAACGGCCGGCAGCUGGGCCUUGAUGGGCAGCCGAGUGCCCCGCGAUGCUCAUGUCGUCGCCAAGCUGCGCGAAGCCGGUGCCGUGCUGUUCGGAAAGGCCACGCUCAGCGAGUGGGCUGACAUGCGAAGCAGCAACUACUCCGAGGGAUAUUCUGCGCGCGGUGGACAGUGCAGGAGCGCGUACAACUUGACCGUGAAUCCCGGAGGUAGCUCUUCCGGAAGCGCCGUCGGCGUCAGUACCAAUUCCAUUGCCUUCUCCCUCGGGACGGAGACGGAUGGCAGCGUCAUCAACCCCGCCAUGAGAAACUCCAUUGUGGGCUUCAAGCCCACCGUCGGCCUCACCUCUCGCGCCGGUGUCAUCCCUGAAUCAGAGCACCAAGACUCGGUUGGCAUAUUCGCCCGCACCGUCCACGACGCCGUCCACGUGCUGGACGCAAUCUACGGCGUCGACUGCAGAGACAACUACACACUUGCGCAAAUCGGAAAGACGCCCGAGGGCGGAUAUGCCCAGUUCCUCACCACCAAGGACGCCCUCAAGGGCGCCACCUUUGGCAUUCCUUGGAACAGCUUCUGGGUACACGCCGAUGCCGAGCAGCUGCGCACGUUGGUGUCUCUCGUCAGGCUCAUCGAGGACGCAGGCGCCACCCUUGUCAACGCCGAAAUCACAGACUACGAAACUAUAGUCUCCCCCAGCGGCUGGGACUGGGACUACGGCACCGCUCGCGGCUUCCCCAACGAGUCAGAGUACACCUACGUCAAGGUGGACUUUUACAACAACAUCAACAAGUACCUCUCCGAACUCGGAAACACCAACAUCCGCACCCUCAAAGACAUUGUCCAGUACAACUUGGACAACGAGGGCAGUGAGGGCGGCAGACCCUGGCCCCUGGGCCACCCGGCCUUUUACUCGGGCCAGGAUGGGUUUCUGGCAUCGCUCGAAACAAACGGGACACAGGACGAGAAGUACUGGCAGUCACUCGACUUUUGCCAGACCAAAUCCCGCAACGGCAUCGACAACGCUCUCGAUUACAAGGGGAAGAGGCUGAGCGGACUCUUGGUCCCCCCCGACGUUGGCCAGACCUACCAGGUCGCCGCGCAAGCUGGCUACCCCAUGGUCACUCUGCCCGCCGGCAUCCACGCCGAGUCGGGCAUGGGCUACGGGCUGGCUAUCAUGCAGACGGCCUGGGCGGAGGAGGAGCUCGUGAGAUGGGCCAGUGCCAUUGAGGACCUGACCAAGCACACCGAGUACGCUAGGAAGUUGCCCACGUGGAGGGGUUAUCUGCAGAGGAACGAGCCCGUCCCUCUGUAG